CCGGACCUGCCCGACCUUCGCGGCAGGGAGCUGCACGACAAGGCCAUCGGCUGCAUGGCCAUCGCCCCAAACUCCGUCACCAUGGCCACGGGGAGCGAGGACGGCUUCGUCAGGCUGUUUUCCAUCAAGAGUCCCGCCGGGGAGGAGCUCGCCGUCGCAGCAGAGUUUGUCGAGGCCUGUGCCCGCUUUGGGGGGCCCGUCAGAGCCCUCGAUUUUUCACCGACGGGCGCCUUCUUGGCCGCCGGAGGGGACGAGCCGGGCGUCCUCAAGAUUAUUAUGACCGCGCAGACGUCCAAUGUGACGAUAUUGAGAGCCCCCGCUGCGGGGAUGGGCAAUGACGCCAUUUCUUCCGUCGCUUUCGACCCCACCGGCGAUUUUGUCGCCACAAUUGGCGAAAAGGGAAAGGCCGUUAUUUGGGACGUGGAAAAGUGCAAGCUCAUCUCCGAAGUCGACUUGAACAACAGAACCGCCAAUUGCCUGUCCUGGGCACCCGGAGGAGGAAGCAUUGUGUUUGGCACCAACAAGGGUAUUGUCGUAGCGGCUCGGACUACUUGGUUGUUUGAUCAUCUGCUUGAAGAUACGGCCGAUCAAGAUGAUGACGACGACGAGAUUUAUGCUGCAUCCUCUGGCAAAGACUCCGUGUCAGCCCUAGCGUGGAGCCCGAAUGGCCGCUACUUGCUUGCUGCCAAGGAGGACGCGAGCAUUUCCCUGUGGGAUGUGCCUGUGAAAAAGGUCCUGGGAUGCUGGAAGGCUCAAGAGGCGCCCCAGCGGCUCCUCUGGCAUCCCGCAGUCAACGCCAUGCUCUUCAUUGACAAGAUUGGGCAAUGGGGCAUUGUCCCGGACGUUGUCCCGCAGCACAUGCUGUCUCCCCAUUCCGAUGCCCCGUCCGUCGAGCUUCCGGUUCUGCCGGAGACGAAUGGGAAGCAAAACGCCAAGGAUAUCAUGGCCGACCUGGGGGACGACGACGAUGAUGGCACUGGUGAUGUCCGCCGCUCCAAGGGAGCAAAGCUGCGUCGCCAGAUGCAACAAGAGCGCAAGAAGAAGACGCAAACGGGAAAGGCGAACAAGAACAAGAAGAACAAGAAGAAGGGCAUGAAUGCCGAGGCGACAGAUGACGACGAGAACGAUUUUGAAACUGACUUUCAGUUUAACGCGAGCGAUGUGGAAGCGGACGAUGAGGACGAUGUCCGUGACAGAAACGAGGAUACCUCUGAAAGCGAAGGGGCAUCAGAAUCAGAUGAGGAGAUCCCCGGUGAGUUUGCCGGUCUGGAGAACGGCGGCGUGCGUCUGCCGAGAAGAAAAUCAAGGUCCAGCUCAGGGGGCCGCAGGCGAAGAAGUCGGUCAAGUUUUGUUAGGCAACGCCCUUUUGUACCUACUUCAACCCCGCUAUUGGAAAAGAAGAACAAGAAGAGACAUAUUCUAGCGUGGAAUCUGGUAGGAGCUGUCCUGUCAUUCGACGAAGGUUCGCAUGAUGUGGUGGAAAUCGAAUUUUCCGACGCGACGAAACGAAGUGUCGGAAUCAAGGAUCACUUUGGCUACACGAUGGGAUGCCUCUCCGAAACCGGAGUGUUGCUCGCAUCCCCUAAGAAAGCGGAACACGGGAGCUUGAUCACGUUCCGCCCCUUCUCGUCAUGGUCGAAUAAUUCCGAUUGGACGCAGUUCCUCCCAGCAGACGAAGACAUCUCGGUGGUCGCGCUUGGCCAGCGCUUCGCGGCGGUUGCCACGACACCAAACAAUGUGGUCCGCCUCUUUUCCCUGACCGGAAUCCAAACGAGCACGUUUGGAGCGCCAGGUACGGUGAUAUCCAUGGCCGCCAGUGGGGACCAGCUGGCCGUCGUCUACGCUUCGCGCGAGUCACCCGUGCUCAUGUGCGAACUGCUGGACGUGAGCACACUGGGUGACGUGGAAAAACUUUGCUUCUCCGGCAACAUGAUGAUGUGCCCGGACACGAGAUUAGAAUGGGUCGGCUUCGCAGCGGACUCGGGAGACCUGUGCUCGUACGAUUCAAACGGCUGGUUGUGGAUGCUAACCGACCCGAAAGGGGGAAAACGUUGGGUCCCCUUGAUGCAAAACGCGGCAAAAGCAGCCGAAUGCGACUGGUUCUGGGUAGCGUCCGCAACCUCAUCAAACCUAAUCGGUGUACCCUGCCUCUCCAACGAGCGUCACCCGCCCGCCAAGCCACGUCCAGCCCUCCGCACGCUCCCGCUCUCCUACCCGGUGAUCGAGCAGGUGAGCAAGUCCGGCAAGGCGACGAUCACCGAACGCUACCUCCGCACGAAGCUACAGCUGCGUCGCGCGCUCUCUGCCAAAGCCGAGGUGGACGAGGGCGCGGACUCGGACGACCCGGACGCGGACGCGGCCGAGGACGUCGUGCGGCGCAUGGAGGUCGAGACCGACAAGUGCGUGUUGCCGCUGAUGGAGGAGGCGUGCCGCACCGAGCACAACAUGCGCGGGCUCGACCUCGCGACAAGGCUGCACACGAAAGUGUCGUUCAAGUACGCCAUUGAGCUCGCGACGCACUUCAAGCGCGAGGCGCUGGCUACGCGCGUCAAGCAAGUCGCGUUGCGUAAGAUGGAAGUCAUGGACACCGUGCAGAGCGGCGAGCGCGUGCCGCAUGUGCAGAAGAGGGUCGCGUCGUCGCCAGUCACGCCCGCGCCGGAGGGCCCGCGCGUGGUCGAGAAGGGCGCCAACGCAUUGCCCGAGGUGGACAUGGGCGACAUCUCGGACGACGAGGAGGAGCCGCUGCGCAGGGGGGCCGGGGAAUCAGAGGGGCCCGAGGAGGCCGAGGGGGAGGUCGAGGGGACGGAGGAGGCCGAGGGGGCAGAGGAGGCCGAGGAGGCCGAGGAGGAAGAAAAGGCGAAGAAGCGCAAGCCUGUGGAGAAGCGCGGGUCGCUGGCCAAGGAGGUAGAAGAGCGUGCGGCGCGCAAGCGGAAGCUGCGCGCGAUUGAGAUGUCGCAGGCGAGCGUGAAGGGCGCCGGGCCGGGGGGCAAGCGGGCGAAGACGGCGGAGGGCAGCGCGAAGAAGAGGCCGCGCAACCGCUUCUUGAAGAGAUAGAGGGAAAGUUGAAUCGUUUGUAUCGUUUGAAUUGAUCCGCGUGAUCGGGUCGUAGGGUUUCGACGCGAGGUCAUACCAUAAAGUUAUAUUUUUGU